CCCUGAUGUAAAAAAAGGACAUUACAGAUUUGCUUUUGUCACACGACGUAUGAUAGAAGGAAAUGUAUUAAGUAAAACAGGGGUAACGUUGGUCAGUAUGCUAUCUGACCCAACUGGCGUUAGCUGGCUAGCUAGCUAUUUUAAUGCCCUGUAUCAAAUCCCACCUUCUUAGCUGUCGAAACACAUCUUACUAUCAACCGAAAACCAUGCCACACAUAGCAAGGAUACAAAAUUAAAGGAUCGAGGCUUAGCAGGAGGAAGCUUAGCAAGCCCAAGAGGAGUGAGGACAUCCACCAGAGACCCAGGGAAUAAGGAUCAGGUGCGCGCGUGUGUGUGAGUGAGUCCCGGCGCUGAUGAGCAGUCCUGCAGCCUCAGCACAGACAGCAGACAGCGGCAGCGAGAUGCAGUCGCCCCCGGCAACAUCCUCCUUUCUGCCGGCUCCAACAGGGAAGAUUCCGGGCCGGAAGAGGGGCAGACCCCCACUGCACCGCAACCUCACCAAGAUGGAUUUUCCCAACCACUACCCAGAGGUGCUUCCUCCUCUGAAAGUGCCCAAGAAAAGGGGAAGAAAACCAGGAUUCAAGCUUAAGCCCAGGAUGCUGAUGACUCCUCUGGCCAUCUCCCCGCCCAGCAGCACACCUGAGCCGGACAUGAGCUCCAUCCCCCAGGACGCGGCCACCGUCCCCCACUCAUCCACUGACCAGGAGCUCACAGUGUGCAUCUACAUAAACAAGCAGGCUCAUGUGGGGCCCAACUUGGACCGGAAGAAGGUGCAGCAGCUGCCCGAUCACUUUGGGCCGGAUCGGCCGUCUGUGGUGCUCCAGCAAGCCGUGCAGGGCUGCAUCGACUGUGCCUUUCAGCAGAAGGCCGUCUUCACCCUGCUCACCCAGGGCUACGGGGGAGAGAAGAUCUCAGCCACGUUCGAUGGGAAGCAGCACCUGCUGAGCCUGCCGGUGGUGAACAGCGUGGGCUACGUGCUGCGCUUCCUCAAGAAGCUCUGCCGCAGCCUGCACUGUGAGAACCUCUUCAGCGACCAGCCCGUCACUCAGCACAACGGGCCCUCGUACCAAACUGACACCAUGCCACUGUCAGGUGAGGGCCCUAUGCAGAGUGACUACCUGUCUGAUGCCGCCGAGCUUCAGCGCUACUCUGUGGACCCCAGCGACUCGGCCUUCAACUGCAUGAACUCGCCCUAUCCGUCUAAGCCCGCGUACAGCAGCUUCCGCUCCUGCCAGCAGCACCACGCGGCCCCUGGCAGCACCCACUGUGGGCACAGCACCAGCCCAAGCAGCUUCAUGGAGGGGAACAGAGCAGACUCCCAGGAUCCUCCAAAGCGACCCCUCAGUAAGGACCCCUCAACCUGGAGUGUGGAUGACGUCAUCUGGUUCAUCAAGGAGGCAGACGCCCAGGCUCUGGGACCACAUAUAGACGUGUUCAGGAAGCAUGAGAUUGAUGGGAACGCCUUGCUCCUGCUGAAGAGUGACAUGAUCAUGAAGUACUUGGGCUUGAAGCUGGGGCCGGCACUCAAACUGUGCUAUCACAUCGACAAACUGAAGCAGAGUCGCUUCUGAUCCGCUGACCCGUGGCCAUCUUGGGAGCUGCCCCCUCUCACUCCCUGCCAGGCAGCCUUAGUCCCUCUACACCCACGGCAGUAAUCUGCCACUUUCUCUCAUUAUGGUUAGUUUAAAAUUGUGGGCCACAAAAGUAUAUCAAAACGACUCUGCAUAGAAUAAUAAUCUGACACAUGCAUAAACUAUGCAUAACAGGUCCUUAAUGAGCACAUAGACCAGAUAGAUAUCAGUAAAAGGAAGCCACUGUGUACAGUAAGAGGAAGCCACUGUGUAGCAGUUCUUGAGUUGGCAUGCAGUUGUUGGCAGAAGCUUUAUGCAGUGUAAUUUCACAUGGUGACACUGACCAAAGCAUCAUCCUAAUUUUUAAGAGUCAACAUGGUGGUCUAAUAAUAGCAUUGUAAUUCUGUGGACAUUCCUCAAUCUCUUAUUUAUGUGUGCAAGGAGUGUGUGUGUGUGUGUGUGUGUGUGUGUGUGUGUGUGUGUGUGUGUGUGUGUGUGUGUGUGUGUGUGUGUGAGAGAGUGUUUUGUCUUAGUCUACUGUAUUAAGUGAGUGUGAACUGCAUUACCGGAACUAGGUAAUUUCAGUAAUAGAUUGUUAUCAUACUGGAUUUUUUAAAUCAGUUUCCAGACCUAUUGGUGACUAAUACAACCAGCAUACAAUCAUGUCAGUUACACCUGAAGUUCCUAUUGGCUGUUCUCUCAGGUUCUCUCUGAUUUCUGCUGUUCUUGUUUAUAUGUGUGCAAUUCUCCAACCAUUUUCAGAGAACCAAUAUGCACAUCAAACACCUAAUCUCAUAAAGGAAUAUUAUAAAAGA